AUGGGAGGUAAAGGUAGGAGAAGAAGAGAAAAAAACUACAGAGCGGCGCAUGGAGGAGGCCAUUCUCUGCUCCCUCCCCCACCUAACCCCUCCCAAGUCGACGCUCUCCCUUCCAAACUCCGCAAAAUCAUCUCUUUAACCUCUCAGCUUCACAACGACUCUGCUAAAAAUUCAAAUUCCGGCGAGGAGAAUACGAAACGGCAGAAACGUGCGCGAGAGGAAGGGAAUGAAGCUACUGUUGUGAAAGACGAAAAUGACGAAGAAAUUGUGGAUGGCAGUGGAGAUGAAAAGAGAAAGAAGAAGAAAAAUAGGAAGCAAGUAAACGAUUUUCGUUUCGAACUGGGAUUGGAUAAAUCGAGAACCGUUGAGAAACGUCGCGAGCGCAAGAAAAAGAAAUGUGGAGUAUUUGGUUCAAGUGCAAUACUUGGACCUGAAAUUUGGUGGUAUUUGGAAGCUAAGAAGAAGAAACACAAGAAACCCGAGGAGAGUGUGGACUUUCCUGGACGGGAGCAAAUACAAUUUGGAGAUGUGGUCCAAACUCCCCCGAAACUUACUGCCCCUUCCAAGUUCCUUAAUAAUGUCCAUGAUGCUUCUCGGGAGAGGCUUCGUUUACAGGCUAUUGAGGCCUACAGGAGUCGUAAAGGGUGGACCUCCAGACCAGGGCUUCAUCUUCCACCUCCUAUGACUACAACACCGUCAUCAUAA